AUGAGCUCUACUCAGAACAAAGCAGAGCUUAAUUAACUCUCCAACAGUAGUACUCGUAAAAUCCAGAAUCAAUUGAAAUCACCCAAGAAUCAAUCAUAUAAGUAAUUCUCGCAGAAUAAUUUUGAAUACUCUAUUUUCACUCCAGUAGAAGAGUCGCCUUAUGUGAUCUCAUCAGAAGAGUGCCCAGUUAAAGGGAAGCUAAUUAAUUCCUUUUUGGUAUCUUAGAAUGAAAUUCCUAAAUUUACAAAUGAAAAUAUCACUCAUGGAAAUAAAGCACAGCUAUUUAUAUUUGAUAAAGUUAUUAACGAGUCUAAUUGCAAUUAAAGUUUGUAUUCUAAACUAAUUAGGAAUGAGGUACAUAACUUAGCGAAAUCUUAAGUCAAUUAAAAUAUAAAUCCUAAUAACUUUUGCUGUAUUUUGUUUGGGCCUACUGAUUAAAAUGAAAAGUCGUCCAAGCUAUCCCAACUUUUAACAACAAAAUCUGAUGGAACUAAUAGUAAUAUUGCUCUUAAAUCAGUUUAUGAUAUUCUGACUAUUAAAGAGACAAAGCUAAAAGAAAUCAAUUCAAGGCUUGGAGUACAGAUCAUGUAAAUCUAUUGCAACGAUAUCUUUGAUCUUUUAAUCGCUGAUUCAUAGAAGCAAAGUAACAAAGCUAUCUUAAAAGAAGUGAGUAAUGAGAAUAGCUCUAAUGCUAAGUCAUUUAGCAUUUAAUCUACGAUUAAAUCAAUUAGGAAUGUGCAGGACUUCUGCUAGAUUCUUAGAGUAGCUCAGUAAAAUCGUAGUGCAGUUGCUUAGUAGUUAAAAAUUGAGUCUAGCACAAUGAAGAACACCGCACAUCUUAUAAUUAGAAUAAUAAAUGGGACUUAGCUUUAUGAUUUUGUAGAGUUAUGUGGUUCUGAACUUGCUGCUUCAACUGUUUAAACUCAUCUAGUGGGUAAAUAGGUAGAAAUUUUAAGGAAGUUCGCAACUUCUUCUUUCAAUUCUAUGUCGAUGCUUCUUACUAAAUAAAAUCCCUAAAUGAAAGAUCAUCACACAGCUCUCUCUCAAAUCCUUUAAAGCAAUCUCUGUGAAUCCAGAACUAAAGUUAUUCUCUGUUGCUAAGUGAGUCCAGCUUAGUAUCUAUUUAGGCAUUCAAUCACAGCAAUUAAAUUUUCCUCUAAAAUCAGAGAGGUAAUUGUCAAAAAGCAUCUUAAGGAGAGCAAAAAUAUGAUUAAUAUCUCUAAUGAACUGCAUGACAUGAGUUAAAGAAUACUCGAUGAUCCUCAUAUCUCUUCUAAUAAAGACUUAAUCUGCCAAUUCAACAGUCUGAGAGAGAAGUAUGAGGAGAUAAUGAGCUAGUCUAAGUCUUUUGGAGCGAUUUUAAAGGAUUAGGAGAAGUAUCAAUAACUUGAGCGAAUCAGGAAUGAGUUUAACACUCUUAAGGAUGAAUUUAAUGUGUUUGAAAUGAAUCAUUUGAGUGAGAGUAAUAUUCAUGAGAAUGAGAACCAGUAGAAACAGUAGAGUGAAUAAUAGUUUAUCUAUGAUAGUUUUAAUCAGGUACAAAGAAUUGACUCUUCCAAUGUUAGCAAGAGAGAAGACUCCACUAUGAAAAAGCCGAGACUAUAAAGCAAACCUUUAAAAGAUAAAAGAUUAUAAAAAGGAAAUCGAAAAAGCAGGUAAAGCAACAAUGUUAGUCUUAACAAAAACAGUGAUAGUUUCACUAAUAACAGCAUUACAUAUUAGAUUACUCCUACUCCAGAUUUUAAAAAUCAUAGAUUUAUUGAAGAUAGUGUGUCUCUCAAAGAUACUGGAGAUAUGCAUUUCAAUUAACAUAGUAACAUUUUGAUUGACAGUAAUUCCCCUAGCUUAGACAGGGACUACCAAUGUAUGAAGAAUGAAUUCAAUGCUGAGAGGGAAAUUGAAGAAACCAGUAGUAUUAAUAUUGAUAAUGAAGAUUUCAGUUUGAAUAUAACAGUGUCUGAAAAUACCAAUAAUGUAGCUAACCACACCUAAAACCAUUCGUAUAACAUCACUCAUUCCUCGUCAUAGAAUAGAUUGACUUAAGAGAGCCAAAAGCUACUGGAGAAAUACAGAGAGGCUAAAAGGAGCAAGUAAGAGAGAGAAAAUUCUAAAAAUCAUAGCUACUAAAAUAAUUAGUAAUCUACUUAGUUCAAAAGAGAGAAAAAGGAAACGCCUACGAGUUCUAACUUUGAAAUAAAAUCUGAUAUGACUUAUAAAAUGAGUGGAACUUAGGCAACAUAUAUUGAUUAUAUGGCUACAGACGAUAUGCAAAUUGGAAAACUCUAGUUAGAAAUUCAGCUACUUUAAAACUAGCUUAAAGAUAAGACAAUAGAGACUGACACUUUACAGAGAGCUCUUCAUAAUGCUAAAUAAGAGUAAUCAACUCCUUACCUUAAUAAAAAAUAUAAAAACCUUGACUUAGCUUAAGAGUUGGAUGAUAACUCCAAUUUCGUUAGGUAAAUUGAAGAACUUGAAGGCAAACUUGAUCUUAAAAAUGAGCAGAUAGCUACAAUGCUAAGAAAUAAAUAAUAAGACCAGAAAGAGCUGAAUGAAAUCAGAUUUAAACUAGAUAGAGAAGCUUAGCAUUCAUAAAAAGUAACAGCUGAGAAUGAAUCUUUAAGAGCAAGAAUAGAAUAGAUGUAAAAGAGAUUCAUUGACUAGGAAAGAGUAAUUGAAACUUAAAAGAUUGAGAUUAAAAAUCUAACCUAACAGAAUGAUAAAGAAGGGAAACUUAAGUUGAUGAUUGAUCAUAAGACAGAUAAUAGUAGACAAGAGAGAGCAAAUCAGACACAAAUCGAUGAGAUGAAAUCUGAAAUGUAUGACAUGAAGCUAGAACUUGAAACUCUCAAAAGAUAAAAGAAUAUCCUUUAAAAUCAAUAAGAUGACACUAAAACUGAAUCUUAGCAGUUAUUUAACUUAGUUAAGGCCAAAGAUUAAAAGAUUGAAGAAUUAGAGGAGACUAUUACAUAGAUGAAAGCAAGUGAAUACGACAAAGUAAACAUGAUUCAAAAAUAGUCAGAAUUCGAUAUCAAGAUUUUGAACAUAUAACAUUAGCUUUAACAAGCUCACAAGGAUAAGAAGAAAGCAGAAGAUGAUCUAUUUGUCGCAAGAGACAAGCUAAGAGAGAUACUUGGAGAAAAAAUAUCAUUAGAAAACUAAUUAAAUCACAUUGAAAGAGUUGAGGGUUCUAGAAUAAAUGAGCUCGAAAGUAGAUAUGAGUAGUUGAGCAGAGAAUACUAGCACACUUUGGAGGUGAACAAACAGCUAUCCGGUAAAGAUAUCGAGCAAAGAAGAGAGAUAUAAGGGUUAUAAAAUGGCAGAGAUAGCUUCAAAGAAUAGUUCCUAGAACUUAAGCAAUUCAACAAGGAUCUAAAGAACAGAUUUAUAGAAAUAGAGAGAUAGGUCAGCGAGUUGAUUGCAGAGGAUAAGAAAAAGGACAAUUACGAGAAAGAAAAUCAUAAAAAUGAAAAUAAAAAGAAAGAGGGGAUACUCCAAGAUAUACAAGGUCUAAUAAAAGAUUAUAAGAAAAAUGCCAGAGAUAAAAAGACCAGAUAUGCUUUCAAUCCCAUUAUAGAUUCAACCAAUGACACUAAUAGUUUCUUAUGA